AUGCUGGUCGGAAGUGGGAAAAGCGGAUGUGGUUUGCCCCCCCGCGCCGGCGACACCCCUCCAACUUUUUUUCCCUCUUCACAUUUCUCGUCCAGACAGCACAACAUGACUCGGGGUAACCAGCGCGAUAAUGAUCGGGCCAAGGCCUUGAAGAAAGCCGGUAACACGAAGAACAAGAACACUAUGACCGGUACCCAAUACCAGAAGACCAAGGAGGAUGCUGCGGCGAUCAUGCGUGAGAAGCAGAAGAAAGCCGACGAAAAACGAGCCGCAGAAGCAGCCGGAGGGAAAAAAUAA